AGCAUGCUUGUUACUACUAGUUGUGUUGACAUGUAUCAUAAAACACUUGUUCUAUUAAUUAUUUAAAAAUGAAAAGCCUUCUAAUCAAUGUAAUGUCACGAUUACCUAACAAUGGAUUAGCUUUGCAAAUGAUUUUGUCUGUUAGAUCAUUUAUGAGACAUUCUGUGACAUUUUGUACGGCAGAAAGAAAACACGAAACGAUUUAUGCUCUCUCAUCUGGUUAUGUCAUGGUAAAUGUGGCGUAGCCGUUGUCAGAAUAUCUGGUAGAAAUGCAAUAAAUGCUUUAAAUAAAAUGACCACGAUAUUAAAUGUAGAACCAAGAAAAGCUGUAUUAAAAAAGAUCUUAGAUCCUGAAACAAAAGAAGUAAUAGAUAAAGGUUUAUGUUUAUGGUUUCCUGGACCUAAAUCAUUCACAGGUGAAGAUUGCGUGGAAUUUCAUGUUCAUGGAGGACCAGCGAUAUUGAGUUCCUUGAUGAAUGCAUUAUCUAAAUUAAAUUUUUAUCAAGCUUUGCCAGGAGAAUUUACUAGACGAGCAUUUUACAAUAAUAAAUUGGAUUUAGUUGAGAUAGAAGGUUUAGCGGAUUUAAUAGAAGCUGAGACAGAACGACAAAGGAAACAAGCAUUGUCACAAGCCAGUGGACGUUUGAGUAAACUUUAUAAAAAUUGGCGAGAAAGGCUUAUUAAUAUUAUCGCCAAUUUAGAAGCUUAUAUUGAUUUUAAUGAAGAGGAUAAUAUUGAAGAUAAUAUCUUAGAAAAUUGUCAUUCUUCUAUUAAAUCUCUUAUCAAUGAUAUUGAAAGACAUCUUUCGGAUAAUAGAAGUGGCGAAAUUUUACGUAAUGGAAUAAGAACGGUUAUUAUUGGAAAACCAAAUGUAGGCAAAAGUACGAUACUGAAUUAUUUGGUUCAAAGAAAUGCUGCCAUAGUGUCACCUAUCGCUGGUACUACCAGAGAUAUUAUAGAAUUAAAAAUCAAUAUUUCCGGUUAUCCAAUGAUAUUAGCAGAUACCGCAGGAUUUACUAAAAGUCCUACUGAUCCUGUAGAAAAAGAAGGUAUCAUUAGAGCAAAAGCGUACGCAGAAAAUGUGGAUCUGGUCAUUUUAGUCAUAGAUUCACGCGAAUAUCUACAAUCUGGAAUGACGUACUCGAAUUACAUGAAGGAAUAUGUUAACAAUAUGAACUUAAAUGAAUUAUUAAGGGACGAAUGUAAAAAGAGAUGUAUCGUAAUUGCAAAUAAAAUAGAUCUUUUGAAUGAAAAAGAUAAAGAAUUAAUAAAAAAGGAAAAUGUAGUCGCAACUUCGUUUCUAACGGAAGAAGGUCUUUCGGAUAUAAAUAAGACUAUGAUAGAUUGUUGUCAAGAAUUAUGUUGUAAUACAUUUAACGAAGAUCCAGUAAUUAGUCAAAAUAGAUACAGAAAUCAUUUAUCAAAGUGUCUAAAAAAUCUGCAGAAUUAUAUUGAAAUGGUAUCAAAUGAAAAUUACGAUGCGGUAAUAGCUGUUGAAGAAAUACGAUUUGCCAUGAGAGAACUUGGAAUGAUAACUGGCCAUGUUUACAACGAUGAAAUAUUAAAUAAAAUUUUUACACAUUUUUGUAUUGGCAAAUAACAAAACGUUUUAUAUUUCUUAUAUUAUCGUCAUCAUCUCAUUUGGAAUAGUUGUAUAUAUAUAUAUAUAUACACAACAAAGUGAUUAUCUUACAAAGUACACUACUACAUGUACGAAAUGAUGUAUACGAAUCGUUGCACUGUCGGUAAUUCAGGUUACAAAUGGCAGUUGUGUAAGAUAAAUACAUUUCCUUUGUAGAUAUGUAUAUGUAUAGCUUUCAUCAAAUAGGGAUUUUUGUUACGUUUGGUGGUACUUCUGUCAAACGUAGAGGUUAAUCUUUCUUGUUAAUUAUAUUCAAAUGUAUUGAAAUAAAUGUUACAAAACUACAUUGAAUAAU